GUCACGUGUGCGGUGUGUAAUAACUAAUGUGUAUUGUGUACUGUAAGAUUUGAAAAUAAAAUAAGUAAUUAUCUAAUAAAACUGUUAAGAAUUAAAUGUCACAAUUUGUCUAUUAAGUAUUCACUCAGUAUUAAAGGUAUUAAAGAUUUGCGCUUGUCAAUUAUGACGAGUUUUAUACCAUGUGUGAAAUGGGUAAAACAAGGCGCAUCGUCAAACCAAAAUUCGAUUAAACUUACACAACAAGAACUGAAAGAAUUAACAGCAAAAAAUCCUAAAAGUUCAGAAUCACACAAGAAAAAUGAAGAAGAUUAUGAUUUGGAAAAUUAUGACGAAGAGGAGAUGGAUAUGGGUGCUAUGGACGUUAGAAAUUUGGCCGUGUAUAAUGACGUUGCUGAUGACUCUGACAACGAUAGUGAUAAAUUGGAUGAAUUACUUAAACCUGAUGACAAUCUUGUACUAGUGGGCAAUGUAAAAAAAAACGAAUGCUCUUUAGAAGUUUAUGUAUAUAAUAACAAUGAUGAAGAUUUCUAUAUUCAUCAUGACAUAAUUUUAAAACAUCCACCUCUAUGUUUGGAAUGGUGUGGUAUACUAGGAAACUUCUGUGCCCUAGGAUCUAUGUCUGCAGUGAUUGAUGUUUGGGAUUUAGAUUUGAUUGGAUGUCUGGAACCGACAGUUAGACUUGGUAGAAAAAAAAAGAAGAAUCCUGAAAAGAAUUAUGGGCAUACUGAUGCAGUUUUAGAUUUAUCAUGGAAUGAACACUUACCACAUAUACUUGCUAGCGGCUCAGUAGAUGAGACUAUUUUAUUAUGGGACCUAGAAGCAGGAGAACCACAUACACAAAUGGAAAAUUUCGGUGAUCAUGUACAAUCCUUGAAAUGGCAUCCUUUUGAAUCCCAAACACUCGCAGUUGGAUCUUCCAAUUUGUAUGUUUAUGAUUGCCGCACAUAUGAUACAUAUAUAGAUUGGGCCAUAAAAGGUAAAGUAGAAAAAGUCCACUGGGAUCCAUCAAAUGGUUUCUUGUGCUAUGUGGGCACAGAUAGAGGUAGACUUGUAUGUUAUGACUGUCGCUCCGACAAACCAAUAUGGAAAUAUAGGUGUCACGAAAAUGAAAUCACUGGUAUUUACGUUUGGGAAAACUAUAUUGUUACCUCAUCAGCUGACGAUACCUUGAAAGUUUGGGACAAGGAAAAGAAGCAUUUAAUUAAAACAAGAGAAUUUACAGGUGCAUUACACAGUAUAGACGGGUGUAUAGAUUCUCCAAAUUUAAUAGCCGUUGGAGGUAGUGGUACUUCUAAAUUCCAAUUGUUUAAUAUUAAUGAUUACAGUUUGAAAACUUGUUAAUAUUUGUGUGUGUUUGUUUAUAAUAAAUUGUAAAAAAUGA